AUGCAAACAUUACAAUCUACUCUCUCCGCUUCAUUGUGCGCACCGAAAGGCAAUCAGUUAGCCUAUAUUUGUUAUAUUGAAGAGGAAAAUACUCAGAUCACACAUUUAAUGGAUCUCACCACAACACUUGGUCCAAGUCCGGAACAGCUGAAUGGAUCGGCCCAUUCGAUGCGAUUUAUUCUCUUUCCAUUCUCACAACCAUUCUAUGAAUAUUUCACCAUUGUAAACUCGUUUUUCAGUUCAACCCAUUCGAACACGGCCCCAUUCUCUCAACUAUUAGCCUUGAAACAGCCGAUCGAUCGAGAAAAAUUGUGCCACAGUGAUCAGACACAGUCCAUUCCACCGACCACGGGUCUGGAUGACGCGAUUGGUCAUUCGUUCUCGGACAACAAUUUCGUUCCCACAAGUCAAACAGUGUGUAUUUGUCAACGCACGUUUGAAUGGUGUUCCAUUUAUGUUCAACUAGCACUAACUCCCUAUCAGGCCGAUGCUCGUACCAGCGAAAAUGUGACACACUAUCCAGAUAUUUCUUUGAAUGUGAUGGAAGUAUUUUUUGUCGAGGUCCGUAUUGUGGAUGUGAAUGACAACGCUCCCGAAUUUCUCCCCGGACGGUACGAGGUGAGUAUCAGUGAACUGGAACAGGUUGGAACCAGGUAUCGUUUACCAUCGGCCACAGACAAAGAUAUCGGCAAAAAUGCGCAGUUUGUGUAUCGUUUGGCGGACGUACAAGCCACCAUUCCUGUGUUACAUGCAAAUCAGAGCGGUACACGCAAAAAUGUUUCCUUACAAAACGAUUCGCAGUGUUUUGAUCUGCAAUCCAAUAUGGAUUCCACGGAGUUAUUUAUCCAGCUUAAACAACCACUUGACCGCGAACAAUAUGACACGUAUUAUUUGCUCAUCACAGCCGCAGAUAUGGGGUCCACAAUGACGCAUACGGGCACUUUGUAUGUGACAGUUCACGUGAUCGAUUCGAACGACAGGAGUCCGGUCUUCGGACGUUCACAGUUUGUGUUCCACGUGUCCGAGCAUGCAACUCCUGGCACUGUGAUUGGUCAACUGUUUGCCACGGAUGACGAUUCCGGAGAGAAUGGCCGGAUCACAUUUGAUCAACAAACGGAAGCGGGCGAGCACACGGCCCGACAUGGUCCGGCAGUGAAUCGAUUUCGAGUGGAACCAAACUCUGGCCAGAUUCGGGUACACAGUCCGUUGGAUCGGGAACAAUCGAAAAGUGUUCACUUUCGUGUGAUCGCCCGGGAUCAUGGACAACCGGUGCGGAUGACCACCGCAAAUGUGGUCAUUAUUCUACACGAUGUGAAUGAUAACAAUCCGAUCAUACGAAUUUGGGGUCAGACUGAGGUGAGUGAUCCGUUUGGAUUGCUCUCAAACGUAUCCAUUCUGAACUAUUCCCUGCUCUCUUCGCCCGGUCUGAGUCAUGCUGUUGGUCUUUCGGUGAGUGAAGCGUUACAACCGAACUCGGUGAUUGCUUUCAUGGACGUAUACGAUCCGGACUUUCAGGAAAACGGAGAUGUUUCGUGCACUGUACAGCACGCAUCGUUUGAUUUGCAACUGAUCACGGACUACACGAAACUACUCACGACAACUCGAAAUCUGGAUCGUCAGUCCUACGGGUCUGAUCCGACCACGAGUAACCAGAUCCUCAUGGGAACCAAAGCUUAUCAGAUUGUGCACACGGGAUAUUUGGAUCGUGAAUCUACCCCCGGGCUACACGUCCCGAUUGUGUGCCGGGAUAACGGCAGUCAGAUUGUUCGUUCCACAACCACACUUUUGUACAUUCAAGUUUCCGAUAUCAAUGAUAAUGUGCCCAUUUUUAAUCUACCUGUUGUAUAUGAACCGGCCGUUUGGUCCAAUAAACAACAAUACGAACAAUGGUUCCUUCAAACUCUGCCACAUUCCAAUGACAGUACCGGAAUGAAUGAGAGUCCCAUGCGGAUGGAGAUUGUUCUGCCCGAAUCGUGUUUCCCCAAUCGAACAAUUGUGCAUUUCUCCGCGCAAGAUCCAGACGACAGUUUGAACGGAUUGCUUGAGUACGAAUUGUUCAUGGAUUCCAGUACACAGAAUCUGGGUUCGGACGUUCGGAAAGAAACGGUCAAUUUGUUGAAAAUUCAUACCAAAACUGGGCACGUGUCCGUGCAACUACCUGUGUGGUACGCAAGUAGCAGCAGCAGCAUGUGGUAUCAUUACACGUGCUUGCGUCGCUUGACAAACAGUUCUUGGGUGGUGGAACCGAAUCCAUUCACAAUCGACAAAAUCACUGGUGUGAUAACGAAUGUAAGAAUUAUUGAUCGAGAACUAGAUGCCAGUCAGUACCGUAUCACGGUAGUCGCACACGAUCGUGGAAGUCCACCGAAGACAUCCAGCCUCGAUGUGAUUGUAAAUAUUCUGGAUCAGAAUGACCAUGCCCCGCGAUUUCGACUCCCGAUUCAACCUUGUCAUCUGCUAGGGGCUACGAAUGUAGAACGUCUGUCGACAACUCCCUCGGCAUUUCGGACUAUCAUGGUUUCCCAGACCAAUCAAACCCUUGUACAGAAUUUAACCCACGCAUUCCCCGAGUUGUAUUCAUCUUAUUUGGCUACCUCGUCGAAUCCAACUUCAACCAUGGAUGACGCGUUGCAGCCCAUCGCCGAGUUUUCCGCAUUCGAUCCCGAUGACGGAGUUAAUGGUCAGGUGAAAUACAAACUGGUAUCCGGAUGUGUCCAAGACCGUUAUCCAAACACACAACCCGAAGUUGAGCGAACCUUUAGCAUAGAUCACUCAAGUGGAUGUCUUUAUUUACUUCGCAAAAUUCGUUUCGAUGAGAUCGGCAAAAAGUACACGUUGAGAAUUGUUGCACAGGACGGCGGGGCAAUGGACACGUCACUUUCCAGUUUCCUAGAUUUGUCAGUUGCCAUUCGUGGUCUACCAGAUCUGUAUGUGGAAUUGUCGGUGAAUGUGACCACCCAGAUUGGACCGUGUUCCGCACAAGUGGACAGAAAUCUGAGCACCAUGGAAAGAAAACCAGUUGGGAACGAGUUGAGUCCAACAAUUCGUGUCCUGAUGAGUGUGACCACCGUGAUUGGGGCACUGCUCAUCGUGAUUAUUGUGAUCUUAUUUAUCAAACAACCCGCGUGGUUUUUUGGUCGUCGACGCUCGCGAACUCAGGAUGAGAACAAUAAAAUGGACAUGUUUCAAUGUCAUGAGGUGCACAAUCACAUCGCAACCGGGAGUCAGGUAUCAGCAUCCAAUCAGCCAUCAGCCACAUACUUUCCGGAAUUGCUACAAACAGAGGGUGGUGUAAGCUUACUAAAAGCGGAUUCGGACCCCACGUGUACAGAAUAUCCGGUUGCCGUGUUCACAUGCUUUCCAACACAAUCGAGACAGUCUUCCAUGAUCAUUCGGAUGGAAUCUCCCGGGAAAGGCAGACAUGGGGAUCAGGAAGAUACAGACGAUCGAUUUCCACAAUUAAUCACUCAUCACCAGCAUCCACCUCACCAUCAUCAUCAUCAUCAUAAUCAUAAUCAUAAUCAUAAUCAGCACAGUAAUCACUAUCACUCACAAUGUGCCAUACUACAUUCUUCCUGUUCACCGAGGGAUAAAAUUAAUUUUGUGGAGGAAAAUCUUGCACCACACAAAGACCAAACACCAUGCAUGAAGUGUCAAAUUGAGCAUACAGAUCGUGUUGUUGAUGAUAAUGACGAAGGGAAAGAUGACGAAGAGGCGCAGGAGGAUGAUUGUGAAUCAAAGAUCAUAUGA